AUGGCGAAUAUAACCGCACAUAAUGUUUAUCCAGUACCUGCUGCUCCGGCACCUGCUGCUCCAGUACCUCCUGCUGCUCCAGCACCUCCUACUGCUCUGAUACCUCCUGCUGCUCCGGCACCUCCUGCUGCUCCGGCGCCCAGGACAGCCGCAGCACCUCGCCUCCAGUAA